GGCUGCUGAUGGACUCGGAUGCCAGGAAGAUGAUUUCAGUCAAACUGCUGGUGCUGGGGAUGCACAACACCGGAAAGACAGCGCUGUGUGUCCGUUUCCUAACCAAACGUUUCAUCGGGGACUAUGACCAUAAAAAGGAAAUAACCUACAGGUGUCUCAGGACGGUGGACCAGGUGGCUGUUGACCUGGAGGUUCUGGACACAGCUUGUAAGGACAGUUCCUUGGCUUCUCUAGAAUGUUCCAUUCGUUGGGCCGACGGUUUCCUGCUCCUCUACUCCAUCACACAGCGGCUGAGCUUCCUGGAGAUCCCAGGACUGAAGAAACUGAUAGAUCAUACCAAACAAAGCCUCGUUGCUCCUACAGUGCUGAUAGCCAACAAAGCAGAUAUGGAGAUAGGUAGAGAAGUGACAACAGAGGAAGGAGAGAAACUAGCCAAGGAUCUCAGGUGUGGUUUCAAGGAGCUGUCCGUGGCAGAAGCCGUGGUCUCUGUAGAGGCAGCAGUGGUGCAGCUCAUUAGGUUCGAUCUGAGUUUUUCAUUCCCUAUUGUCGUUAUAAUUAGCUGA